AGACAAGCAGAAUUCUUUAGACAGAUCAGAUGGUAAUAAGGAGCCAAAGUACAGAGUUCAGGUGCUUGAUCCUAAAGAAGAAGUGGUUAUUGAACCAGUUGAAAGAAUGUCACGGAAAGAACUUUCUUCAAAGAGUGCUGAAAAUCCAGGUUUACCUAUGAAUCCAGAGUCUACAUUGUGGUCCUCAACAUUCUUUCAAGAAAAUACAGGUAAGAAUGACAAAGACGCAGCGGUCGACCAGAUAGCCAGAAACGGUAAAUGCCAUCCACAUUAUCAAGAGAGCCAAAAGCCUGAGAACCAGCUGUCAGAUACUCGAAGUGAUGAUAGCAGUGAUGAUAAGGAAGAAAAUAGCGAUGAACCUGGUAAAAAGGAAAAAGGAACAGCUCCCUUAGAGUUGAUGGCAGAGUUCCUGAGAGCAAUAAUGGAUCAAGACUACAAUUUGGCCAAAAAGUUGUGUCAAAUGAUCCUAAUCUAUGAACCAGAAAAUCCUGAGGCCAAGCAGUUUUUCCCACUUAUUGAAGAAAAAUUGCUGAUGGAUAGUGCUCAAGGUCUUGGUGAUGAAGAUUAUGAAGACAGCGAUGAAGAUAGUGAUGAUAGUAAGGAGGAAAGCAGCGACGAGAGUGAUAAUAAUGAAAGUGAAGACAGUUGUGAUUAUUCUAAAGAAGAAAUGUAAUAAAUUUCCCACUCCUA